AUGGCAUCUUCAAUAACUAAAUCAUUCUGUAUAACGUGUAAUAAAAAACAAGCGUUUUUCACAUGUUCUGGAUGUCGACAGGAUUUUUGUGAAGAUCAUAUAAAUGAAGAACAUCAAUCUCCAGUUACACAAAUGAACGAUUUUUUAGCGGAUCAUAAUCAAUUGCAAAAGCUAAUUUAUAAGUAUAUGCAAGAACCUCAACAACAUUCUCUUAUUCAACAAAUUGAUAAAUGGGAAAGACAAUCAAUAAAUAAAAUUCAACAAACAGCCGAUGAUGCUCGAACAAAAAUUUUAAAUGUUAUUAGCGAUCAUGUAAUUAAUAUUGAAAAAUCUUUACAGAAUUUGUCACAAAAAAUAGAGCAAAUUCAAAAUGAUGAGAAAUUUACUGAAAUAUAUCUAAGAGAAUGGAGAGAUAAGUUGGAUAAUUUAAAAAAGGAUUUAAUUACACCAGAAACAAUUCAAAUUCAUAAAGAUGAUGAUCAUAUCACGUUUGUUUCUAAACUUACUGUUCUUAUUGUUGAACCCAAGGAUUUAUUUGAACGAACAGCUGGAAACAUCCGAAUUGAUGAUAAUGGUCAAUUGAUGAUUCAUGGUCAAUGGAGUGAUCAUUCAGCUGUACGUGGAAAAGGUGAAUAUUCAUAUGGUCAAUAUCGAUUUCGUUUUAAAAUUGAAGAACUUGAUUCAGAUAAAUGGGCAUUUUUUGGCAUUGUGUCAAAAAAUGUUCCUAUGAGAGCUGUUUCAAUUAGCACGCCAACAGCUUAUGGAUUAGCUGGACAAGAUGGUAUUUGUCUUAGUGGUGUUUAUCAAAAAGCAAAUACAAUUCAAUAUCAAAGUGAUAUGGAAAUGAAUGAUAUAAUAGAACUUUUUAUUGAUUGUGAUCAUCAUAUAAUUCGUUUAAGAAAUGAGCGAACACACAGUUCACAUGAACUUAAUAUUGAUAUUAAUAAAUGUCCAUUUCCAUGGCAGCUUUUACUUGGUCUUUGCUGUUCAGCUGGUGAUCGUAUUCGAAUUUUACCGUGUACAUAUAGAGAAUAA